AUGUGGGUGCUGUUCUUCUCUUGGCUUUUGCCUUGGGCUGAGCACCGGACACUGAGGAGCAAGUGCCUCUUGACCAGACCCUUUGAGCUCCAAGAAGCAUAUUACAGGCCAGGAGACUUCCUUGUUGGUGGGAUUUUGCCCUACCUCAAGACUACGGUUACACAUCCAUCCUUUGAAAAACGUCCCAGGAACAGGCAUACUGACCGCCAGGUGACCAAAAACUAUCAGCAAAUCCUGGCCCUUGUGUUUGCCAUCAGUGAGAUCAACAAGGAUCCGGCACUCCUUCCCAACAUCACACUGGGCUUCCGCAUCUUUGAGGACACCUACUUUGCAAGAAUGACCUACCAGGCAGGCCUGUCCUUUCUGUCUACAGGAGAUCAACUGGUCCCUAACUACAGAUGCAGCAGGCAGGAGAAGCUACUCUCUGUGAUUGGAAGUCUCUACUCCAGAAUCUCAAUGCAGAUGGCCUCCCUCUUGGGCCUCUUCAAGAUCCCACAGAUCCUUGCCUCUUUGAGGAGCACCCAGUUCAACAACAGUGCUGGUGAGGAAGUAUUUUUCACUGGAAAUGAGGAGAGAUCAGCUGGCUAUGAUAUCCUGAACUUGGCUUUCUUCCCAAAUCAAUCUUCAGCUCAAGUGAAAGUUGGAAGGAUGGAUCCUAGGGCCCCCCAAGGCAAAGAUUUCAUCAUUAACGCAGAUGCAAUUGUUUGGGCUACCCAGGUCAAUAUUCAUGGACAAUGGUAG